AUGUCGCGCAAGAUGCAGAGAUCGUCUUCGAGGUCGAGAUCCCGACCCCGCGGGAAGGAAGCAAGCAUGGCCCAGCAGAAGCAGAGCCACAUCGCACGGUCUGAGCUCGACAGUUCGUGCCCACGACGACCGUCCGCACAUCCUCACUUCAGGUGGAAGAAAGGAAUGAUCCUGGCUCGUGGAAGGUACGAGCUGCGCAGCCGACUUGGUGACGGAACCUUUGGCCGUGUCCUGGCAGCGAAGGAUCUUCAGACUGGAGAUUUCGUGGCCAUAAAGGUUGGCAAGGCUGGAGAUGAUUUUUGUGAGCAGGCAGUGGAGGAAGCAGAGAUGCUCCAGUAUAUCCAGCGCUUGGACACGCACAGGAAAAGACUAUGUGUUAGGCUCUUGGACAGUUUUCUGGAGCCUCCGCAGCAUUUCUGCAUGGUCUUUGAGCAGCUGGGCAUCAGCCUCCGGGACUUCUUGAAGAGGAACAAUGGCUGUGGGCUCUUCCUGGAGGACCUGCGCAGCAUUGCCCACCAGCUGCUUCAGGGCCUCGCAGGUCUGCAUGCUGCAGGUGUCAUACACACAGAUUUGAAAUGCCGAAACGUCAUGCUUCGUGAUGCUGCUGUUCGCGUGGCGCCGCACCCGCGGGAGCCGGGUAAAGAAGCACUGCGGCCAAUGGAUUGCAGCAUUAGCAUCAUCGACUUCGGCUCUGCGAUCAAGAAAGACGAGGCUUUCCGCGGCCGAGCCGGCACGCGACAAUUCCGAAGUCCAGAGGUCGCUUUGGGCCUGCUUUGGGAUGAGAAAUCGGACAUCUGGAGUGCUGGUUGUAUCAUUGCCAUGCUCUACACGGGCACGCGACCUUUCAGCGUGCAUGACAACCAAGAGCACCUGGCCAUGAUGGAGAGGUUCCUCGAAGACCGGUUUCCGCAACACAUGUUGCGCACGGCCAGGCAGAAAUGGGCGGAUCAAGACGAGGCAUCCUCCGACCUCGGCGAUGUCGAGGGCUUUGCCGUCACAGACGAGAAUCGUUUGGACUGGCCGGGAGAAGCGCAGCCUGAAGCAGUGCGACGAGUGGAGGACUUGCGGCCGUUGUCAGCAAAGGUUUUGCCGCGGCACGGAGCCUUCCUGUCCUUGCUUCAAGGUCUACUGCAGCUUGAUCCGCAAUGCAGGAUGGAUGCAGCGACCGGAUGCAACGCCUCGUUCUUCCUGUCGGAGGUCAUGGAGUGA